AUGUUGUUGACUGGUCGACUGUACACUGAUGCUGUUGCUCAAAUGUUGUCCAUUCUAAUGUACAACAAGCGUUUCAUUCCAUAUUACGUGUCAAAUGUUUUGGCUGGUUUAGAUAGUGAAGGCAAGGGUGUUGUUUAUAGCUACGAUCCAAUUGGUCAUUGUGAGCGUGCCAAGUAUCGUGCUGGAGGGUCAUCAGGACCUCUAUUGCAGCCAGUAUUGGAUAACCAAAUUGGUUACAAGAAUAUGCUGUUGGAUGAGAAGCCAGCUUUGACUAAAGAACGCGCUACUGCCGUUGCUAUUGAUACUUUCAUUUCUGCAGCUGAGAGGGAUAUCUACACUGGCGAUGCUUUUUAUAUUAAUAUCAUUAAUAAAGAUGGAGUUGAGGCAAAGGAGAUUCCUUUGAGGAAGGAUUAAAGAAUAGAACUCAAGAUGUGAGUAUUUUUUUUAUCAAUUUGUAAUUGUGUACUGGUGGUUUCCGGUUAAUAAAAUUAGUUCAACUAAAAGAAUGAAAAGCCAUACACAAACUUCUUCUAAAAUCGAAUUAAAAUCGAUCUCAUUGCGUUUUACUUGUCGUAAAUAAUUCGCGAAGUCUGUUGUACUGAACAAAAAAUCGAUUCUUUUUUAAUCUACAUAAUUAUGUGAAAUAAGAUAUGAAAUUUUUGAAGAGCUUUCUUUAAUCAGAAUGGUAUUGUUUUCUAUUGCAAUAUCAUUAGUCCUGAACUUAUUAGGUAGGGUAGAGUUGCCUAUUUUCGGCCGUCUCCAGUUUCCGGCCACCUUUUGGAAAAUCGUUAUAGCUAGGGAUUUCAUAGGGUUUAUUCCAAAAUUUUGUUCUUAUGCUGUUUUCUUAUUUGUUAGAACAGCAUACGAGGGAAAAUUUGGAAUAAACGCCUUCGAAAUCACUAGUUAUAACGAUUUUUCGAAAGGUGGCCGGAAACUGGAGACGGCAGAAAAUAGGCAACUCUACCCUAUGUUAUUAGAAAUUAAUGAAUGUUAUUAGAAAUAAAAUUUGUAGUUUUGCAAAAAAAAAGUGAGAAGUAAAACUU